AUGAACGAAGAAGACAAGAACAGGAAGAGAAAGCACAACAACAAUCAAGAUUUCCCAUUUGUAAAAAGGUUUCAAGAACCUGAUCUUACCCUUAGGCUUAACUUUGGUCCCACAAGACCUAGGCAAACAUCACCAGUAAACCCAUCAUUACCAUCAACAUCAUCACCACCACCACCACCGUCAUCACCACCAUCGCCAUCAACAAUGGCUCUAUCACAAUCAAUGCAAGCACUUUUAUCCCAAACCCCAUCACAAAUUCCCCCUCAACUCUUUUCCUCACACUCUCUAUACAAUUAUAUGCCACCCUUCGUGCCACCGCCGCGGCAGGAGACCUCCACAUCAAUCCCGGUGGUGUACCACCGCCCUGAGACCGCCACACCCCGCCCUUCACGAGCUCGUCGUAACCCGACACAGGUCCCGCGUGCAGGAAAGAGCGAGACUGUGCCGGCUCUGUUCCCGUGGGCCACAACUCAUCGUGCUACGGUGCAUAGUCUCGAUUACAUGCUAUCCAAGGAAAUAGUUUCUAUCACUGGUGAGGUGCAAUGCAAGCGUUGUGAGAUUAAGUAUGAGAUGGAAUAUGAUCUGAAAGAAAAGUUCAUGGAUGUUGCAAGAUUUAUAGAGAAUAACAAGAGCAACAUGCGUGAUAGGGCUCCUAGUAUUUGGAUGAAUCCUGUUCUUCCAAGGUGCAAGUACUGUGAACACGAAAAUAGCGUGAAGCCGAUUAUUGCAGAUAAGAAGAAGGGAAUCAACUGGCUGUUUUUGCUUCUGGGUCAAAUGAUUGGUUGCUGUACGCUUGAGCAGUUGAAGUAUUUCUGCAAGCACACCAAGAAUCAUCGAACAGGUGCCAAAGAUCGAGUUCUUUAUCUCACAUAUCUUGGAUUGUGUAAACAGCUUUGCCCAGAUGGCCCUUUUGAUCGAUAA